UGUACCCUUAUCAGCCUCGCCAUGCAAACAAGUAAGGCCUAUAACUGUCCAACACACCCACACUCACAAAGAGCACAUGACGGUCCCAUCAUGAAGUCGCCUCUUAUUCUGUUCUGUGUUGUUGGAUUGAUUCACAUAGCGCACAGUGUCUGUGUUUCUUGUAAGCCCGGCAGUUCCUCAUGUGAUGAUCCAUAUUCUCCUUCUGGACCUGAAUAUGCAGCUUGCGGUUCUUUCCACAGGGACCUGUGCACCAAAUACGGCGGCAGCUACCACAUCGCCUGUGGUUCUUUUACAACCAGUUACACCUGUACGGUAACUUGCGGUGCCGGACCUAUAACGCCUAGCCUGUUCCUCAUGUCCACAGUCCUCGCUUUCGCAAUCAAGAUGGUGCGUUGAUAAAAAGUGUUCCACUGACCGUUUUAUGUUCUUGUUGAUAUAUUUUUAAUUUGUCAUUGAUUAUUUUAUCGCCAUUUACUGAACAAGGACAUGCAUGCGUUAUAGGGUUAUUGUGUAUAACUAACUGUUUAACGGUGGACCAAAGGCAUUGUAACAGGAGUUACGUCCCUUAGUGGAUCAUAUUACAUAUAUCACCACGAAUUGAUAAAAGUGCGAACACUCGUGGUGAUGUAUUUGAUAUCAAAAGACAUACGAGUGUGGGAUUCUAUUUAUCAUCCUAUAUCAUGCUUAAUUUGUCGUUCAAAAGAAUUUAAAACGAAACAUCACCUGUUACAAGUUCAUUUGAAGACAUGCGUAUGAAUACAUCCAAGUGAACAAGACUGAUGGAAGAGGGAACGAGUGACAUCAAAUUACAUCAUUAAAAACAAGCGCAUAAAAGAGAAGUGCUAUAACAUGUAUUGACUUCAUUAUAGUUACAUCAUUUCUUGGUGGCAUUUUAAGUAAACCGUUAUGUUGUUAGAGCAAAUCAUGAAUAAAAAUCACUCUUUC